UCACAAGUACUUUCCCAUAAUGCUCUCUAUUUCCACGUCAACACUUCCGACAACACGUUUCAGGAAGUUCCACGUCAGAUUUGCCGUGUAGAGAAAACUUGUGUCAAGCAGCGUCGCAACAUCAGUUAUAAGAGAAAAGCGCAACAAGAGCAGACAUGCCUCUCAGGCUGGACAUCAAGCGCAAGCUUACAGCUCGGUCAGACCGAGUCAAAAGCGUGGAUCUCCAUCCCACCGAGCCAUGGAUGCUGGCCAGUCUCUACAACGGCAGCGUGUGCGUCUGGAACCACGAAACACAAACCUUGGUGAAGACAUUUGAAGUGUGUGACGUUCCAGUAAGAGCUGCAAAGUUUGUUGCUCGGAAGAACUGGGUCAUAACCGGAGCAGACGACAUGCAGAUCCGAGUUUUCAACUACAACACAUUGGAGCGGGUGCACAUGUUCGAGGCACAUUCAGAUUACAUCCGCUGCUUCGCCGUGCAUCCGACUCAGCCCUACAUCCUUACUAGCAGUGAUGAUAUGCUCAUUAAGCUGUGGGACUGGGAGAAGAAAUGGACGUGCAGUCAGGUGUUUGAGGGCCACACACACUAUGUCAUGCAGAUUGUCAUCAACCCUAAAGACAACAACCAGUUUGCGAGUGCAUCACUGGACAGAACCAUCAAGGUGUGGCAACUGGGUUCCUCGUCACCCAACUUCACUCUGGAGGGACACGAGAAAGGCGUGAACUGCAUUGAUUAUUACAGCGGCGGAGAUAAGCCGUAUCUCAUUUCAGGUGCUGACGACAGGUUGGUGAAGAUCUGGGACUAUCAGAAUAAGACGUGUGUGCAAACACUAGAGGGUCACGCCCAGAACGUAUCCUGCGUCAGCUUCCACCCCGAGCUGCCGAUCAUCGUUACAGGAUCCGAGGAUGGUACUGUACGUAUCUGGCACUCCAGCACCUACCGCCUGGAGAACACGCUGAACUACGGCAUGGAGAGGGUGUGGUGCGUGUGUGGCCUGCGCGGUUCCAACAACAUCGCGCUUGGUUAUGAUGAGGGCAGCAUUAUUAUUAAGCUUGGUCGUGAGGAGCCCGCCAUGUCCAUGGACACGAACGGUAAGAUUAUCUGGGCAAAGCAUUCGGAGGUACAGCAGGCGAACCUGAAGGCCAUGGGAGACACGGAGAUUAAAGACGGAGAGAGGCUGCCACUAGCUGUCAAAGACAUGGGCAGUUGUGAAAUCUACCCGCAGACUAUUCAGCACAACCCUAACGGAAGAUUUGUGGUGGUAUGCGGAGACGGAGAAUACAUCAUCUACACAGCCAUGGCUCUGAGGAACAAGAGCUUCGGUUCGGCGCAGGAGUUUGUCUGGGCCCAUGAUUCUUCUGAGUAUGCAAUCCGAGAGAGCAGCAGCGUGGUGAAAAUCUUCAAGAACUUUAAGGAGAAGAAGUCCUUCAAGCCUGACUUUGGAGCAGAGGGUAUCUAUGGCGGCUUUCUGCUGGGUGUCAGGUCCGUAAACGGUUUGGCUUUCUACGACUGGGAAAAUACGGAGCUGAUACGGCGCAUCGAAAUCCAGCCCAAACAUAUCUUCUGGUCAGACUCUGGAGAGCUGGUGUGCAUCGCCACAGAGGAGUCGUUCUUCAUCCUGCGCUACAUGGCAGACAAAGUGGCUGCGUCACAAGAGUCCAAUGAAGGGGUUACUGAAGAUGGCAUUGAGGAUGCUUUUGAGGUCCAAGGUGAGAUACAGGAGAUUGUAAAAACAGGUCUGUGGGUGGGAGACUGCUUCAUCUACACCAGCUCUGUCAACCGGCUGAACUACUUUGUUGGAGGAGAGAUCGUCACCAUUGCUCACCUGGAUAGGACCAUGUACCUGCUGGGCUACAUCCCUAAAGAUGACCGCCUGUACCUGGGUGACAAGGAGCUGAACAUCGUCAGUUACUCGCUGCUGGUGUCAGUGUUGGAGUACCAGACGGCCGUCAUGCGGCGCGACUUCUCUAUGGCCGACAAAGUGCUCCCCACAAUUCCAAAAGAGCAGAGGACCAGGGUGGCCCACUUCCUAGAGAAGCAGGGUUUCAAACAGCAAGCACUGGCUGUGUCCACUGACCCAGAGCACAGGUUUGAGCUGGCUCUACAACUAGGGGAACUGAAGAUUGGCUACCAGCUAGCAGUAGAAGCAGAGUCUGAGCAAAAGUGGAAGCAGCUGGCAGAGCUGGCUAUCAGUAAGUGCCAGUUUGGCUUGGCACAGGAGUGCCUUCAUCACGCCCAGGACUAUGGAGGCCUGCUGCUCUUGGCUACAGCCUCUGGCAAUGGUGCUAUGGUGAGCAAACUGGCUGAGGGUGCUGAACGUGACGGCAAGAACAACGUUGCCUUCAUGACCUACUUCUUGCAGGGGAAGUUGGACCAGUGUCUGGAACUUCUGAUUAGGACCAACCGCUUGCCUGAGGCCGCCUUCCUUGCUCGCACCUACCUUCCCAGCCAAGUGUCCAGAGUGGUAAAGCUGUGGAGAGAGAGCCUGGCAAAGGUUAACCAGAAAGCCGCAGAGUCGCUGGCCGACCCCACCGAAUACGAGAACCUGUUCCCUGGGCUGAAAGAGGCUUUCGUGGCUGAGCAGUACCUAAGAGAGACCUGCUUGGGAAAUAGCAGACCGGCCACUGAUUAUCCACUGGUCACGGCCAAUGAGGAGCGGAACGUGCUAGAAGAAGCGAGUAGUUAUGAUCCCAAAAGCAUACUUCACACCAAUACAAAGCAGGCUGCUGACCCUGAGGAAGCUACAGAAGAAGCUGAACCUGUACCCACAGUCACGGCUACUCCUGUAGCUGCACCGGUAGCUAGUGUGGCUCCUCCAAAACCAGAACCUGUUAAAAAAGAGAUGGAUGACAUGACAAUGUUCAGAGAAAAGACUCUGGAGGAACUAGAGGACGAUUUGGACAACCUGGAUCUGGACGACAUUGACACUACAGACGUCAACCUGGAUGAUGACUUCUUAGAUGACUGAUCACACACAGAAAUGUUGCAUUUUAUUUAAAAGACCAAGCAUUUGUCCUGUUGUCCAUCCUAACAUUUCCUGGAAGAUAUAGAAGGGUGAAGUGGACUGAGAACAAUAUCUUUGGGGAACAUGCUUUGUAUGGAAAAAUAUGUCAAAAUCAUUGUCAAGUUAGAGUUUUGUACUACAUGCAGGAUCUUCUUGAUUUGCUCCUACUUCUUUUUUUUUUUUUCAUUUGUUUUGCCAUUACAUUAAACUGUACAUUUUGAGUCAUAUCUUCCCAUUUAAGUAUUCAAUAAAUAUAUACGGUAAUCUA